UCUUAAUAAUGGCUCUUAAUUAUCAGCUCGCUUCAAUGAGUGCUGCAUCCACUCAUAGAGACAAAUGCAAUGGUGCAGCCAAACUCUCAGAUGAAGCCAUUGUUAGGUGAUCAGCCAAUUACUAACCUACCAUUUGGGGAGAUGAUUUUGUUCAAUCACUGAAGAGCCAUGUGGGAAAAUCAUCUGAGGAACGGGCUGAAAAGCUGAAGGAAGAAGUAAGGCUGAUGCUUGAUACUGCGGUAGAUUCUGUACAGCAGCUGGAGCUCAUUGAUGUCUUACAAAGACUUGGAUUAUCUUAUCAGUUUGAAGAUGAGAUCAAGAGAAUUCUUGAUAGGGUCUACAAGAACAAGCAUAAACAAGAUAGUUUAUAUGCGGUAACUCUGGAGUUUAGACUCCUAAGACAACAUUACUAUGAUGAGGCUAGGUGGUUUAUUGAUGUAUAUGAGAGGAGACAUGACUUCAACCCCAUCUUGCUUGAGCUUGCUAAACUCCAUUUCAAUACGCUGCAAGCAACGCACCAACAUGAUCUUAAAAAUGUGUCAAGCUGGUGGAGGAAUACAGGUAUUGGAGAGAAGCUAAGUUUUGCACGGGACAGGUUGCUGCUCCAUUUCUUUUGGACUUUGGGGUUAGCCUCUGAGGCCCGGUUUGGAUACUUCAGAAGGAUGAUGACGAAGGUGGAUGCUCUAACAACAACAAUUGAGGAUGUUUAUGACGUUUAUGGUACAAUGGACGAACUGGAGCUCUUCACAGAUGUCAUUGAAAGAUGGGACGUCAAUGCAAUAGAGCAGCUUCCAGAGUAUAUGAAGAUUUGUUAUCUUGUUCUCCUCAAUUUCGUAAACGACAUGGCUUUGCAUGCUCUCAAAGUGCACGGAGUUGACAUUAUUCCUUGUCUUAAGAAAGCGUGGGCAGAUUUAUGGAAAAGCUAUUUACUUGAGGCAAAAUGGUAUCAUGGCGGACACAUCCCAACCCUUGCAGAAUACAUGAACAAUGCAUGGAUUUCUGUAUCAGGUCCUUUGGGUCUACUGCAUGCUUAUUUUCUCGUUAUAGAUCCACUUACAAAGGAGGCCAUAGAAUGCUUGGAAGAAUAUGGCAAUAUAAUCCGUUGGUCAUCAAUGCUUUUGAGACUUGCAGACGACUUAGGAACAUCAUCGGACGAAUUGGAAAGAGGAGAUGUCCCGAAAUCUAUACAAUGUUACAUGCAUGAAACUGGAGCGCCCCAGGAGGAUGGUCGACAACACAUAGGAGAGAUGAUUGCUGCGACAUGGAUGAAGAUGAACAGAGAUCGGCUUGAAAAUCCUUACUUGUCGAGAACUUUAAUUGAAAUUGCGAUGAACCUGGGCAGAAUGGCUCAGUGCAUGUACCAGCAUGGAGAUGGGCAUGGGAUAGAAGUUGGUCAGACGAAAGAUAAUGUAUUAUCAGUACUUGUAAAUCCCAUUCAGGUUCAAUCUGUUGACAGUACUGGAUGA